AAAAGUUUGGCGGCGCUAGCUCACCGCUUUUAGUCACCUUUUUACCAGUAUGGGGGGAAGUACGGUUUCGGGUCUUUAAAGAAAACGGAUAUGGAGUCAGUGUUAAGAUAUUGAAGAACCUCGUUGCACCGAAGCCUAGGCGAAACCACAACCACUUACCUGGCUUUGUACGCGAGCCAACGCGGAUUUUAGAGUACGCGGAAGUUUGUGUUUACUGACAUUGUGGUAGCUAGCUUGUUAGCCAAGUUAGCUUGUUAGCGAGAAAAGUGUGCGCUGUUGGGAAUGUUGGACAAACGCAUGUACAACUAACACAACUUAACAGGCAAGUUAGGUAACAGACACGUGCAAGUUGCGGUAUACUAUAAGAUUAAAAAAAUAUAGCUGGACUAUCAAAGACGCGGGGUUGGUGCGGGCCACGGGCUUUGAAUCUUGUGGGGGGUUGUGGUAAACCAAUUUGCUCUUAAGCGAAGAAGACGAUCACCCAGGCGCAAUAUUCAUAGUACAGAUCAACUGGGCGCUAUUUAACAUUUUCACUGUAUAUCCUCAUUGUGGUUACGGAUGACAAAUCAGGCGUGCGACGUUGUACCUGCUACCCAUCUCCCUCAACAGACCUAGUUCAUCGUCCUCAACCAUGAUGGGCCCCCAUGCUUAGCUAGUAAGACCCGUGGAGACAGUCGGCAGCCCUCUGACCAUGGGAGGAUGUGUGGGGAGAUACUGGGAUGGCUGGGACGACACACAGAGCCGGGGAUCGUCCAGGAACGGAGGACGAGGAGGACGCAACGAGCCUCUGAAAAAAGAUCGGCCCAAGUGGAAGAGCGACUACCCGAUGACGGAGGGCCAGCUACGAAGCAAGCGAGACGAAUUUUGGGACACAGCGCCAGCCUUCGAGGGCCGUAAGGAGAUCUGGGACGCUCUGAAAGCCGCUGCUGUGGCCCUGGAGUGUAAUGACCAUGAGCUGGCCCAGGCUAUAGUAGAUGGAGCCAGUAUUACACUGCCACAUGGGUCUCUGGCAGAAUGUUAUGAUGAACUAGGGAACCACUACCACCUGCCUGUCUACUGUCUGGCGCCCCCUCUGAAUCUCAUCUCAGAACGCAGCGAUGACGACCCCAGCGACAGUCCUGAACCUCCCGUAGCUCCCAAGAAAGAAUUCCAGCUCAAGGUACGACUGUCCACAGGAAAGGACCUGCGCCUCAGUGCCAGCAUGGCCGACACUAUCGGGCAGCUGAAGAAGCAGCUGCAGACCCAGGAGGACAUCGACGUGAACCAUCAGCGCUGGUUCUUCUCCGGUAAGCUGCUCACAGACAAAACGCGGCUGCAGGACACUAAGAUCCAGAAGGACUUCGUGAUUCAGGUCAUCGUCAACCCGCAGGCCCUCCGAGGCUCCAAGCUCUCCCCGACUGUUACUGCCACCUCACCCACAUCCGACUAACUGGGAGCACAGAGGGUGAAGGAGCAGAGACCCUCCUCCCUCAAAUGCUGGAUAACUUAUUCUUUUUGACAACAGCUGCUGUUAAUGAAAGAAAAUUUAAUUUUUGGAGCUGCAACUUGAAGCGAAACCACAAGGGAGAAACUAAAAAGUGCUGCUUUCUUUAACAUUUAACAUGUUAAGUGUGGUUUCAUCUUUUUUUUGAGGAGGAGGAGGAGGAUUGGAUGCAAUGUCAUUCAUGGCACAACUCUGGAGCUCCUCACCCCUUUUGGACCAUAUAUAUUUAGAGGAGAGCUCAUCUCGCUGGUGUGCAUCCACAUACAGCAGAUGCCCAUCACAACUGCAAACUCUGCCUUUGGCCCUUUUCCCUUGUACUUAUGCUCCGUGCCAACAGAUGAAAUGCAGGGGGUGUUUGUGUUUGUUCAGAUGCACAUUUCCACUCUGCGUUUGUUUUUUUUUUCAUGGAAACGGGAAAAAAUCAAAGAGCGUGUGAUGCUGAACAAUUUCUUUUUUCUUUUCUCCUUUUUUUUUUUUUUUUUGAGGAAAUAUUAACUGAGCUGUUUUGCACAUUUUAAAGGAUAUUAAUAUACUUCUGUGGUAGUUUGUGUGCCUUCUACAAGACAAAAAAGGGUUCAUGCGAUAAAAGAUCCCCAUCAAUCUAAGCUAGAACUGCUGCCUUUUUAAUGCUUUCUUAAAUCUUGUGUACAAAAAAAAAAAAGAGUAUAAAUGUGGGCAAAAACAAUCUGACCUUAUGAUGUAUUUUAGUUAACUAUGGGAGGUCAGACUGGGCUG